AUGCGUAGCCUUUUGAAGGCAUUCCUACUUGCGCCGGCCAUAGUGUCGGCGUUUGUUUUACCACCAGCUUCAGAACAAGAUGUUGAUAUCGAAUUCGAAAAGAACGAUGUUGAUACUACUGAAGCUUAUACCAUGGGAUUCGUUCGACUUGAUCUUGGACAUGAUUCCUCAUCAGCUGAUGUCUCCCCUCUAGACCUCCGAGUUGAUAUCCUUCAUUCCACAGAAGCAUGCGGCUUUGGAAAUGUCUUGAUCGAUGGUCAACCUCUUUCACAAACAUUCGAUUCGGAAACUUCAAUCUCAUCUGGAAAAGGUUCCAUCUCGACAUCGACGAAUAAAAUCGUAGUAGGAUCAUGGUCUUUCGAUUGUAUCGUUAUUGAUGGUAAACCACGUGGACAACUCAUGAAGGUUAUGAUUGAUUUUGUUGAUGGAAAGGCAAUUGAGAAUUCAGGAUUCUCUGUUUUAUUCAGACAAACUGAAGAGACGGAAAUCAUGAACAUCGAAACUAUUUCAUCGGAAGAGGAUCAAGUUAUCGAACAUCAUUCAUCAUCGGAUAAGCAACAUCAUAAUGGAAAGGGUCCCGAGGGAGAACAUAAGCAUCAUAUGGACAAGGGUUCUGAAGAGGAACACAAACAUCAUAUGAGCGAGGGUCCUGAAGGAGAACACAAGCAUCAUAUGGACAAGGGUCCUGAAGGAGAACACAAGCACCCUAUGGGUAACGGUCCAGACGGAGAGCAUAAACACCACAUGGGCCACAAAGAGUUCAACAUUCACAAAGAAUUGGCUGAGCUUAGAUACAUGAAAGCUCAAAUGAAGGAGUUAAAGUAUCUCAUCCAUAAAAAGAAGCAUCACAUCUCAAAACACGCUCGAGAACAUCACAACCUGGAUGACAGAAUCAGAGAUUGUGAUAGUCUUCGAUGCGUCGCUGGAGUUAUUAGCGAGAAGGCUCGUAAAUUCUACGGAAGGAUCGCUGGUGAUGAGUUUGAUAAAGAAUCUUUCCAUCAUUCUCGCGAGUCACACUCAAAGAAGGAUAAGAAGCAUGGUAAAGGAUUUCAUGGGAAACCAGGUAAUCACACAUCCGGAAACCAUACCUCUCCACAUGUACCUCACGGCAAGAACAACCAUACCGGUCCACACUUCCCUCCUCAUCGACACCAUACUCUUCCAAUUUGUCAUUACCCUCCUCCUUUUGAUUUUCAUCCUCACGGUCCCCAUCAUGAUGGACCACAUGGACCACCACAUGGACCACCACACGAACCUCCCCAUGGACCUCCUCCACACGAAUUCGGUCCUCCUGGAUUUGAACACGGAAGACACCAUGGAAUGCAUCCUUUCCAUGACGAUGAAGAAGGACAUGGACCUUGGGAAGGACGACCCAGACAUCAUGAUGGACAUCAUGGAGAUGAGUCUGAAGAAUUGGAAAGACCUCAUGGAGGCCAUGACAACUUUGAAGAUGAAUUUGAAGGGCGUCAUGGAAAACAUGCUGAACAACAUCAUGAACAAGGACCACCAUCGUUUGAUGGCCUGGAUUUCGAUCACUCCGAAGAACAUCAUCACGGUGAACAUCCACACGAGGGACCAUUUGAUGGACCUGAACACGACGGACCACAUCACCCACAUGAAGGACCAUUUGAUGGACCUGAACAUGAGGGACCACAUCACCCACACAACGAAGAACCCCACCACGGUCCACCUCACAGCGGUCCCCACGAGGACCAAGAACCCCCCUUCCACCCCGGCCCCCCAAGUUCGCAUCCUGAUUUCACCAGUCCCCCUCCCCACUCCGAACCCGACCACUUCGACGGUCCUCCACACCUCGAAGACGAUUUCUCAGGCCCUCCUCCCCACGGCCCACCCCACGGCCCACCCCACUUCCCCUCCCACAUCCUCAAAUUCGCCCUCAUCGGAUUCCUCCUCUCCCUCUUCCUCAUCACCCUCUACCGCCGCACCUGCAACCCCAAAGCUCGUUCAAACCGCCAAUCUCGUCUUGAAACCCGCUGUCGCCGCCGCGCCAGUUUCAGAAACUGGUGGAACCGCAUUCUAGGCCAGGAAGAAGAUUUCGAAGAAAAAGAUAGAUUACUCCACGAUGAUGAUGAUUCCGACUGUGAAAGCGAAGACACCCCCUCCGAAUUCUCAGUCGGGCAAGAUAUUUCUUCCUUCCGCAAUGCGGUGGAUGUAGUGGGUGAUAUGGUAGCUGCGGAGGAAGGACGAGUUUGUUCUUCUGCUCCCGCUCAUUAUGUUUCUAUUCCCGUUCAUGCUCAUCAGAGAAACGUAUCCGAAGAUCAGAUACUCCAUUUUGAUGGGUAUACGCAUGGAAUUGAAGUCAGAAUGGAUGAUGAAGAGGUAUUGCCAGCGUAUGAAGAUAAUGAUGGGAGUGAAGAGGGUGGAAGUGUGGCGGAUGGAUUUAGAUAUACGCCUGGGAGUAGCGCGUAUAGUCCGAGUCACUCGGCGAGUGGAAGUGUGAGUGAUGUUUUGGGGGAUAAAGUUUAG